CAGGAAUUCUUAUUUCUUCCUCCUCUAUACUUUUCUUUUAGUAAUUGCUUCUUGGGUUUUGUCUGAAUGAGGAUUGAAACGGGCUUGGUCGAUCGAAAAGGUCAGGACAUGUACGAAUUUCCGGGGGAGAAGAACAACAAGCCCAAGAAGAACCGGAAACGCAACAAGAAAUCAACGACCAGCGUCGUUCAGAAGCUCUUUGAGACCUGCAAGGAAGUGUUUGCCACCGGAGACGCUGGGAUUGUUCCUUCCCCUGCGGAUGUCGAACGCCUGCGCUCGGUACUUGAUAGCAUGAAACCAGAGGAUGUUGGGUUGACUGAAGACUUGCCAUAUUUUCGAACGAUUGAUGGUGAAGGCACCCCUCCAAUAACAUACCUGCACCUCUAUGAAUGUGACAGAUUCUCGAUUGGGAUAUUUUGCCUGCCACAAUCUGGAGUCAUUCCUCUUCAUAAUCAUCCAGGCAUGACUGUUUUCAGUAAGCUCUUAUUUGGGUCCAUGCACAUCAAAUCAUAUGACUGGGUAACUAAUGUAUCCAACAACACAAAGGAGAAUCUCAAUCCUUUGCACUAUCAGCCCACUGGGAUCAGGUUAGCAAAGAUAAAGAACAAUUCCGUCUUUACUGCCAAAUGCAAUACAUCCAUACUAUAUCCAACUGCAGGGGGGAAUAUGCACUGCUUCACAGCAGUAACAUCAUGUGCUGUUUUGGAUGUGCUGGGUCCUCCAUAUUCUGAUGCUCAAGGCCGGCACUGUACAUACUACCGUGACUUCCCAUGUGCCAGCUUCUCAGGAGAUGCUGGUUUGGGAGCUGAAGAAGGGAGAGAAGAAUAUGCAUGGCUUGAAGAGAGAGAAAAACCGGAGGACUUUGUCGUUUUAGGAGCUAUGUAUAGAGGCCCAAAAAUUGUGGAGAAAUGAUUUUACUUUAUUCAUCUUCCAAUAGCUCAUCCUCUUCCAAUUUUUGUUUUUUCUUUUUCUUUUCCCCACUCCAAUCCUGUGUUAUCGGUAACUAUUGUUUUUUCUCAACAGUUUCUUUGUACAUAAAUGGAAGAGGGAAA